GUAUACAUCGCCGAACGCUUAAUAUUAGCUGCUUUAACCGCAUGCGUAGUUACACACAUUAAAUAUCUUCAAACGCUAAAGAAAAAAGUGCAGAAGUAAAGAUCAUUUGAUCACGCGAAUUCCCUGCUACAGGACUGCGCUUCAUGUCGUUCGGGGACAAGAUUCUACCGCUAUUUACGUUUGCCUAUAUCACUCCAUUUGUAAUUCAUUUUAACAAUAUAGGAUCAGCAGCUGUACGCACUUCUCAUUCUACUGGAUAUUUAUCAACCACAACGAUCGAGUAGUGUCACAGUGUGACAUUGGACAGUUUUUAGUCUCUUUUUUUUUGCCUGAAAUAAAAAGAAAUAAUAAUAACAAAAAAAAAAAACAAAAAAAAAACGAAAUAAUUAGAGAUAGGGAAUACAAUAAAACAAACCAACAAUAUUUCAUUUAAAAAAAAAAUACUGGAACUGUAAAAUCAAUAGAGAGAAAAGUGAUUUUUAAUGAUCAUUUAGUUAUAAAACUAUUUAUAUUUGAAGACUUUAAAUAAAAAUUUAUUGACGUCUGCAAGCACGUUAAAUUGACAGAAAUCCUUUUUGAAAAAAGAAGAAAUGGAACGCUUGGUUGCUGUCGUCUGUGUUUUGUUGGCUGCGUUUGUUUCAGAAGUAUUCUCCAGUGCAGGAAAUGUCUGGACGUAUAGAGGAUCUCUAGGUCCGGAUCACUGGCAUUUAGACUAUCCACAUUGCGGAGGAGUGAAACAGUCUCCAAUCAGUGUCGUUACCAAUGACGUCAUCAUCGAUACGGACAGGCUAACUCCCAUUGUGUUACGUGGUUAUGAAACGGUAUCGAAUGUAACCUAUACCUUGGAAAAUAAUGGUCAUACAGUUCUUGUAGAUCUAAAUGACAAGCACUCUGAAAUGAGUGGCGGCGGUCUACCAGGAACCUUUGUGGCACAACAGUUUCACUUUCAUUGGGGAGCUACCGACGAAAGAGGCUCAGAACAUGAUGUAAACGGGAUCCACUUUCCGAUGGAGAUGCAUCUCGUUCACUUUAACAAGAAGUACGGCACAAUAUCUACCGCUGUGGACAAGGAGGAUGGCCUAGCUGUCCUAGGCUUCUUCUUUAAGAUUGGAAGACACAACCCAUACUUUGAAGAGAUAAUAGAUCACUUUAAUCAAAUCAAGUAUAAAAACAGUGAGGUCGAGAUUAAGUCUAUACCUCUGGUUGAGUUGAUGCCGGAAAAGUUGACCAAAUUCUACAGAUACGAAGGCAGUCUGACCACGCCCCCAUGUUACGAGAGUGUCACGUGGACAUUAUUCAAUGAGACCAUCGAAAUUGCUGAAGAACAGCUUCAAGAUUUCCGAACAACCUUAUAUGAAAACGAAGAGAACGGAUCCGAUUUAUCUUAUGACAUUUCCGACGACUACCGACCCGUUCAGUGCUUGUUUCGUCGCCGUGUCUAUGCGAGUCAUCCCGCUCUGAAAUUUAGUGCGGAGAGCGAUGAAAGGGUCGAGGGCGUUCAGGGCAAUGCAGGAAGAAGUUCCCCUCAAUCACUGACAACUUUACUUUUCACUUGCAUCGCUUUUUACAUAUGUGUCUUUUCCGUUUAUUAAUUACUAUUUUGCAUUAUUUCUUAUUCUUGAUACAUAUACUUACUCUUUCUGUACAACUUAGGCUUACCAUAUUUGAGAGUGUUUUUUAUUAGAAACAAAACGUGUUUCUUUUUGGAAACGUACUUUUUUAUAACAUAAACUUUUAAAUUACUUUUGUCACUAUUUCCUUUGAUUUUUCAUGUCUUAAAAUAAUUACGUUUUGGUUGCCAUUUACGGUGUAAUUUGUUCAGUAAAUAAAUGCUUGUAAUUAUUUCUUCAAAAGCAACUGAUAUAUGAUAUGUUUUUUCCAAUUAAAAAAAUGUUUAAGGCCCGGCGACCAAAAUGGUAUUAUGUGCGAUAUAAUCUAUCUAUGCUAGUAUGUUUACUUAUUGAUUUUAAUAUAUUUGCAAAGCAAUUGGCCUAAGUCGAGGUUUAUGCUAUCAAUUUCUCGAAUGAAAGAGGUCUACCAAAAGUUAUUUCACUGGUAGUCUGACAUACAUAUCGAGGCUUUACCUUGUACAUAGCUAUAUACAAGAACUCUUAUAACAGAAAACCCUUUAACGCAGAAUCUUUGAAUAAUUUAGACAUCAACUUAAUGUUUAUACAAAUGUAUAUUUGUCAUCUUCUACGUAUGUUGGCUGGUAUAUAGCUACAAAAAUGUAUAUACAAGAACUCUUAUAACAGGAAAUCAUUUAAACCAGAAUCUCUGAAUAAUUUAGACAUCAACCUAAUGUUUAUACAAAUGUAUAUUUGUCAUCUUCUACGUAUGUUGGCUGGUAUAUAGCUACAAAAAUGUAUAUACAAGAACUCUUAUAACAGGAAAUCAUUUAAACCAGAAUCUCUGAAUAAUUUAGACAUCAAAUUAAUGUUUACAUAUUUGUCUUCUUUACGUAUUAAAUAAACACUUUAAGACUGUCGAGUAACUUUUAUCGAGAUAAGGAGGCACAUUUUACCUAUGGGUUCUCUGACAUUGAUUACUUUGCGAGGUUUUUUUAGCCUCUUUUUCUAUAUGUUUAUGUAGGGAUAACGUAUGUUUUUGCGUGUUAUAACAUUUUCAGAGUCCGUAGGGAUUGGUUGGUGCCCGAACCCAGUAGUAGGACGAGGAAACCAACGUAUCCCCAUGGAUUCUGUAGCUGUUAUAACACGAGAAGAACAUGCGCUAACGCUAUUUUAGCAUAAAACCAGUCCUGAACGAACGAAUGAAUACCUUGUCACUCAACGUAAUUAAAUUUCCAUGAAAUGCACUGGAAGGUCUGCGUUGUUUUUUUACGUUCAUGUACCUGAAUGAUUUUAGAAAGUUUGGUAGUUUACAUUACGUUGAGAGUGUUUGGGUUCGUUUUUAUUACGUUUUAUACUGUUUAUGACAGUGUUUGUGAUAAGAACUCUAGGUAAUGCUUCCAAACAACGAUACGUCACUAAAGAUAAAUGUCACUUUGUACUAAUAUGAACAGUUUAUUCAGAGUUAAGAAAAAGGUACAGGAUACCACGUUACUAAUACAACCAUAGAACUUCCAACACAUCUAAUCUGAAAAUUUUAAAUAGGUUGGCUAUUUUUUGUAAUAAAUCGUUUAAAGUGAGAAAAGAUAAUUUAAAUUAUUUGUAUGAUUAAAAAAAAACCGAUUUGUAUUUAAACAUAUUUCACUGUAAUGUUUUGUCUAUGAAAUAUUUAGUAUGAAUGCAUAAAUGUGAUAGCUUAGUCCAUGUAUAUUUUAAAUACUUUUAUCACUGAUGUGUGUACACAUUUCAUUCUCACUGUACGUGUAUAUGUAAAUAGUUUAUUGCUGCAUGCUGUAUGACGGGGAACUUCUAAUGUUCAAGUCAUAUUUUCAUGUUUUAAGUUUAUGUUCUGUUCUGUUCUGUUCUGUUGUAAACAAAUAUCCCGAACAUUUUAUUGUAUAAAAGAGCACAAUUAAACUGCCAUGUUAUUUUAGAAUGUCGGCUAAAUAUAUAUUGAUACAUAUAAUACAUAUACCUCAUGAAAAUUAUUUUUUUGACCUUUGCUCAAAAGUAAAGAUAGUAACUGUUGCCUUUUUCGAUAUAUUAGAACGGCUUUUUUGGAAUGACAGCACUGUUUAUUUCCUCAGGAACCCAAAAAUAUAUUACUCAUUUUGAGUGUACUCUUUCACACUUCCCUCUGUUGUCACAUGAACUGAUGUAUGGGUGACUGCGUUUCCUGAACAGGUCUUUUCCUGUUGGAUUUUAAUUCUAGUUUACAGUACCCUGACGGAUGCUAAGAUAACCUUAUCUUUGGUAUGAUGCUCGAGGCUAGUACUAGUAACCGACAACUUACAUGAAUCAGAGGUGGAAGGAAAUAUACCGAUUCUUUUUAUUUUGAUGAAUUACAAUUAUUAUGUCUCCCCCCUCUUGGGGAGACAUAUUGUUUUUGCCCUGUCCGUCCGUCCGUCCGUCCGUACGUCACAUUUCAUUUCCGAGCAAUAAUUGGAGAACCAUUGACCUAGAACCUUCAAACUUCAUAGGGUUGUAGGGCUGCUAGAGUAGACGACCCCUAUUGUUUUAGGGGUCACUCCGUCAAAGGUCAAGGUCACAGGGGCAUGAACAUUGAAAAAUAUUUCCGAUCAAUAACUAGAGAACGACUUGACCCAGAAUGUUGAAACUUCAUAGGAUGAUUGGUCAUGAAGAGUAGAUGACCCCUAUUGAUUUUUGGGUCACUCUAUCAAAGAUCAAGGUCACAGGGGCCUGAACAUUGAAACAUAUUUCCGAUCAAUAACUAGAGAACGACUUGACCCAGAAUGUUGAAAUUUCAUAGGAUGAUUUGUCAUGAAGAGUAGAUGACCCCUAUUGAUUUUGGGGUCACUCCGUCAAAGGUCAAGGUCACAGGGGCCUGAACAUUGAAAACCAUUUCCGAUCAAUAACUAGAGAACCACUUGACCCAUAAUAUUGAAACUUCAUAGGAAGAUUGGUCAUGCAGAGUAGAUGACCCCUAUUGAUUUUGGGGUCACUUCGUCAAAGGUCAAGGUCACAGGGGCCUGAACAUUGAAAACCAUUUCCGAUCAAUAACUAGAGAACCACUUGACCCAGAAUGUUGAAACUUCAUAGGAUGAUUGGCCAUGAAGAGUAGAUAACUCCUAUUGAUUUUGGGAUCACUCUGUCAAAGGUCAAGGUCACAGGGGCCUGAACAUUGAAAACCAUUUCCGAUCAAUAACUAGAGAACCACUUGACCCAGAAUGUUGAAACUUCAUAGGAUGAUUGUACAUGCAAAGUAGAUGACUCCUAUCGAUUUUGGGGUCACUCAGUUAAAGGUCAAGGUCACAGGGGCCUGAAAAUUGAAAACCAUUUCCGGUCAGUAACUUGAGAACCACUUGACCCAGAAUCUUGAAGCUUAAUAGGAUGAUUGGUCAUGCAGAGUAGAUGACUCCUAUUGUUUUUGGGGUCACUCCGUUAAAGGUCAAAGUCACAGGGGCCUGAACAUUGAAAACCAUUUCCUGUCAGUAACUUGAGAACCACUUGACCCAGAAUGUUGAAACUUAUAGGAUGAUUGGUCAUGCAGAGUAGAUGACCCCUAACGAUUUUGGGGUCACUCCGUUAAAGGUCAAGGUCACAGGGGCCCGAACAUUGAAAACCAUUUCCGGUCAGUAACUUGAGAACCACUUGACCUAGAAUGAUGAAACUUCAUGGGAUGAUUGGUCAUGCAGAGUAAAUGACCCCUAACGAUUCUGGGUCACUCUGUUAAAGGUCAAGGUCACAGGGGCCUGAACAUGGAAAACCAUUUCCGAUCAAUAACUUGAGAACCUCUCGACCCAGAAUGUUGAAACUUCAUAGGAUGAUUGUUCAUGACCCCUAUUGUUUUUGGGGUCACUCCGUUAAAGGUCAAGGUCACAGGGGCCUGAACAUUGAUAACCAGUUCCGAUCAAUAACUUGAGAACCACUUGACCCAGAAUGUUGAAACUUCUUAAGAUGAUUGAACAUGCAGAGUAGAUGACCCCUAUUGAUUUUUGGAUCAGUCUAUCAAAGGUCAAGGUCACAAUGGCCUGUUCAUGUUGGAAAUAACUUGAGAACCACUUGACCUAGAAUGUUGAAACUUAAUAGGAUGAUUGAACAUGCAGAGUAGAUGACCCCUAUUUAUUUUGCGGUCACUUGAUCAAAGGUCAAGGUCACAGGAGCCUGAACAGUGACUUGAGAACCACUAGGCCAAGAGUGUUGAAAUUUAGCGGGAUGACUGGACAUGCCAAGUGGAUGAUCCCUAUUGCAGCCAACCAUCAGUGUCUCUUUGACUUUUGCUCCUGGCCCCUAUUGACUUCUUUCCUAUAGGACUUUGCAUUGGAGGAGACAUGCGCUUUUUUAAAAAAACGUUUUCUAGUUUUAAUCUGUCUAGCCCGAAAUUACUGUUGUUGAUAUUUUAUGUAUCAUGACAAGAUAUGUAAUAUGUUGCAUGAAUAAACCAGAAUAAUAAAAAGAAAUUCAG